GAUUGGAAGAUACCCACACAGGAAAGAGGGGGGACUCACCACGGCCCUCCGCGAAUAGCUGUAAAAACCGGACCCUCGAUUGACGGCGGCAAAUCGGACACGGACAUAGGGGCGGCGGAAUGCAGUGCGGCGUUGAAACCAUGAAUGACUGCGAACGAUCGCCGGGUCGCACCGGCCUAAGGGUCAACUUCACCGAGAAGGGCGAAGUGAAGGAGCGUCGGGAGAAAUUCCUGACCGCCAAGUACGGAUCACACCAGAUGAGCCUGAUCCGGAAGCGGCUGGCCGUGGAAAUGUGGCUGUACGACGAGCUGCAGAAGCUGUUCGAUCCACCGGUGAGAAUUGGGAGAUGCCUUGCUACGCUCCUUAAUAUGGGAUCCUCUUAUGAAAAUCUAGGCUCAAAAAUAUUGAACAUACA